GGCACCAAGAUUGGGCAAAUAAUUUUGACCCAUUCCAUAAUAACUAUUACUAUUAAGGCAGCGAAGAGGGGAAUGCAUGUUGUUGGAUCUUCGUUUUCUUUGUUAAUUAACGAAACUCAAACCAAAUCGUCACUCAAUAUUAUUAUUAUUAUAUCAAUAACGUUUCAUUUGCCUAUAAAAAGAAAUCACCGGAUUCAUUGAGUUUUCAUCACACUCCCACAAACAAAAAACAAAAACCCAAAGAAAUCUUAAAACAAAGAAACAAUAUGGUCGGUUGGGCUAUCGCUGUUCACGGCGGCGCUGGCGUGGAUCCUAAUCUUCCACCGCAGCGUCAAGAGGAAGCCAAACAGCUUCUUACUCAUUGUCUUAAUCUUGGUGUCUCCGCUCUCCGUUCCAAUGCCUCCGCUCUCGACGUUGUUGAACUCGUCGUGAGACAAUUGGAGACGGAUCCUUUGUUUAAUUCUGGCCGUGGAUCUGCUCUCACGGCAAACGGAACGGUGGAGAUGGAGGCUAGUAUCAUGGACGGUACCAAGAGAAGAUGCGGUGCCGUAUCUGGUGUCUCCACCGUGAAAAACCCUAUCUCGCUUGCUCGUCUUGUAAUGGAGAAAUCGCCUCAUUCAUAUCUUGCCUUUUCUGGCGCCGAAGAAUUCGCCAGACAACAGGGUGUGGAGGUGACAGAAAAUGAAUACUUCAUCACUCCGGAUAAUGUUGGCAUGCUGAAACUUGCAAAAGAAGCAAAUACAAUUCUGUUUGACUAUCGAAUUCCGACCGCUGGAAAAUGUGCCGGACUUGAAAGUCCAGUGAAGAUGAACGGUCUGCCGAUAAGCGUUUAUGCGCCGGAGACAGUUGGAUGUGUGGUGGUGGAUAGUGAAGGAAGAUGUGCUGCUGCUACAUCAACCGGUGGUUUAAUGAACAAAAUGAGUGGUCGAAUUGGUGACUCGCCAAUCAUAGGUGCUGGAACAUAUGCAUGUGAAUUAUGUGGAGUUUCUUGCACCGGUGAAGGUGAAGCUAUCAUACGCAGUACUCUUGCACGUGAAGUUGCGGCGGUUAUGGAGUACAAAGGUUAUAGGCUUCAAGAGGCAGUGGAUUAUGUGAUAAAGCAUCGUCUUGAUGAAGGGUUUGCUGGUCUUAUUGCUGUGUCUAAUAAGGGUGAAGUGGCUUAUGGUCAUAAUUGUAAUGGAAUGUUUAGGGGGUGUGCUACUGAAAAUGGGUUUAUGGAGGUAGGGAUAUGGGAUUAGAUAGUUAGAAAGGAAUAUUAUUAUAUAAAAAUAGUAGUAUUUGAGUUUGCUGGUCUAUACUCUAGACAAGUUGUAGUCAUUAGUAUUAUGAAUUUAAAUAGUUGCUAGAAUGGGUUACAUUUCCUUUUUUCUGUAUGAUAUAAAAUCAUCAUAUUCAUAUAAAUAAAAUACCGAGUGAUUUUAGUAUUA